AAAUAGUUUAUAAUUGAUUCAAACCUGUCUUGAGCUGAUAAAAAGGCGUUUUAAACCUGCUUUCGUCGUUUCCACCGCGCCUCUUGCCUACUGCUAAGCAACGGAGGCUGGUGUUAUCAGAAAGAGGGCGUGGCCCGCACACGGCGUAUGGGAAGUCAUUUCGAACGGGAGUGCGCGCACACACACUCGCACUUCAUUCCGGCGUCUCUCACACACGAGGCGCGCUCACAGCGGGUAAUAUGAUUACGCCUCUAUUAGCUCCGUGCGCGAGAUGAGCCCGAUCCAGCGCGCGCACCGCUGAGUUGAGCGCUGAUGAUGAAGCGCUGUCAUAACACGCUCCGCCGACGACAUGCGAGAAAACAGUCAGGCAGUUUUUCCUCAUAUUGACCGACUUGAAACGGAGAAGUUAUAAACUGAACACGAUUUGUUUGGAUGGAUAAAUAAGUUUGUGCGUCGCAUUAUUUUUUUCCUUCCAAGAUGUCAACAUGACCAAAAAUGUCAUUCCUGCCUAAUGCAAAGAUUCUCUCACUAAUAUGGACGUCAUGAAGUGUCAUCAGCUGGAAACAUAAUCUGGGUUGCGAGAGGAAGAGACUGAUUCUCAGCGAUGGAGUGCGCCAAUGUGACCAAUGGGACGGAUUGUUGCGAACGCUACACCGUCCUGGUGGCCCUUCCUCUGAGCGUUCUCGUGGGUCUCCUCAUCCUCCUCAUCGUUUUUGGCAACGUGCUGGUGAUCAUCGCCGUCUUCACGAGCCGAGCUCUCAGGGCUCCCCAGAACUUGUUCCUAGUGUCGCUGGCAUCAGCUGAUAUACUGGUGGCCACUCUGGUGAUGCCUUUCUCAUUAGCCAAUGAGCUGAUGUGCUAUUGGGCCUUCGGGAAGGUCUGGUGCGAAAUCUACCUCGCCCUGGACGUUCUCUUUUGCACGGCCUCCAUCACGCACCUGUGCGCCAUCAGUUUGGACAGGUACUGGUCCAUCACGCAAGCCAUUGAGUAUAACCUCAAGCGCACGCCGCAACGGAUCAAGCGCAUCAUUUUUGUUGUGUGGGUCAUUGCCGUCGUGAUCUCCUUCCCGCCUCUCAUUACCAUGAAGAAGAAGGAAGAGGACUCCACCUGUGACAUUAAUCGAGAACAAUGGUACAUCAUUUCCUCUUCCAUUGGCUCCUUUUUCCUUCCUUGCAUAAUCAUGGUGCUCGUGUACAUCCGAAUCUAUCAGAUCGCCAAGAAGAGGACCAGAGUGCCCCCUGGGGACCGGAGGAAAAAGGAAGCAGAUAAGAAGGAUGAAAAGGAGGAGAGGCUCAGCGGGGACCCGGACGUCCAGCCAAACGGCGCAGACGACAAGGACGAAAUAAAUGGAGUGGACAUGGAAGAAUCGUCCUCCUCCGACCACAAGGUCUCCAACCCUUGCUCGCUCAAAAAGAAGAGCUCCAAGGGCAAGACCAAACUGAGCCAAAUCAAACCGGGUGACAACAUCGAGAAGCAAGAGGCCUGCCAGAGGACCAAGACCAGCAGGUGGAAGGGUCGUCAAAACCGGGAGAAGCGGUUCACCUUUGUCCUAGCUGUAGUUAUAGGCGUGUUCGUCGUCUGCUGGUUCCCGUUUUUCUUCACGUACACGCUGACCGCGUUUUGCGACUCCUGCGUGCCAGAAAGGCUUUUCAAGUUCUUUUUCUGGUUCGGUUAUUGCAACAGCUCCCUCAAUCCCAUUAUAUACACGAUUUUCAAUAACGAUUUCCGAAGGUCCUUUAAAAAGAUACUCUGCCGAAGAGAUAACAGGAGAGUCGGGUGAACGGGGGUUUUCUUUUCUUUUUUAAAUAACAGACUGAGAUCAGGUUACACUUUUUUUCACGUUAGUGGAGUGUGAUAUUUGUGUACAGUUAGCCAACGUGUUGUGUCAUUUUUCCACAAGUCUAAAGGGGAAAAGACGCAUGCUUUGUAUAAAUGUCACAAUGCAUGUUUAUGCAAUUACAGCACAAAAUGUGGUGGGUUGAUCCAUUUUAUAAAUGUAUUGUGUUGUGGAAUGGUUUUGUAACUGUGGUACUUUAUCAUCUGAUCCAAAUGUGAAAAACAAUGUGCCAAACUGUGUUGAUGUGGCCUUCAAACUUCAUAAAGGACUGCAAAGUCAUACGCGGUGCAUUGAGCUAAUUCGUCCAGAAUGUGCAUGUCAGUAUCUUCUCUCUGGCCUUUUUAUGUCCCCGACAUAUUGUAUAAUUCAUUGUGAAGGUGUUGAUUGUUAGGCGGACAAAUUGUCUUUUAUCCCCGCUGGUGACGGUUCAUUUACAAUCUUGGCGCGCACCGUUAAGCAAAAAGAUGUUAAGCUAGUCUGACUGGAACCUGACGGGGCUGGUGUCACAACAAAUUUCUUUUGCUUUUGAUGUCGAUUAUAUCUGUCAUUCUGGAUAUAAUGGAUGGAUCUUUAGCACCCCAACGCAAGAAAAUUACAGCGAUUAUGACAGUAAUUUUCUGGAACUAAUAAAGCGUGUGGCAUCCAGGUCACUGUUUCAGCCUUGAAAGCUACUUUACUAAGAGUGCAACAUACAGAGUUUAAUCUUUCAGUCUCUGGGAAUACAAAACAACGCAGGAAUAUUCAGCGAGAUAUCAAAUGACUGACAGUGUAACAGAGGUCGUCCUCGCUCUUGCGGUGUGACAGAUGGAGACAUAUCUCCACGUGUUGUUAGGUUCAGUAAGAUGAAGUGAUCGUCCAGUUCAAUUUGUGUCUGACCUGCUAAAACGGUUAAAAGCAAAGGUUUCCAAUGACAUUUACAAACUACCUGUCACUGUGCAUUUUUGUCAUAUCUGAAAAAAAAUAAUCUUGAUGUAUAUUGUUUUCUGUCCUGGUUGUGCUCUCAAAGUGUUUUACCACUAAGGUCUAACAAAUUGUAUUUGCACACACAAUCUGAACAACAAAAGCACUCAAAGAAUAAAACAAACAAUG